AUGGCUACAACAACCUUCACUCCUCCAUGGUUAACUGGCCCAACCUGCGUCGGCAGGGGGGGUGAAUGUGGACAGAAGACCGUUCACAUAUCCUCUGUUUUCUCGGAAGAAUUCCGCUUGGCUCCGCGCGGUUCGGCCCUCGCUGAAGACUUGAAAGUUCAGCCUAAAGUAAGACAAAUCCCAGCCAAAAACUGCGAGUCCGUUCCAGCAGCUUCAGAUCGACGGUCUUUCCAUAGGCUUCAGAAAAACGUCCAGAAGUCGGUCAGGAAAGCACUGUGCCCUCAACCAGCUGUUGGACUUCCCAUAUCCUCACCACAAUAA